UCCUAAACACUUUUCUUCUCGGCUACAACGAUGAUKGCAGGAGAGUGGUAUCUGAUUCCAUUCACACAUGUCUCGUGUUUUCUUAUCACGGGAGGCCAAACGAAUGCGGAAGGAUACGAGGGUCGAUGGUGCGCCAUCUGGGAGAACAGGAUUACAACGUUUGUAAUAUUCGUCGCACUUUUCGUUGGAUUUCUUCUCGCGUUACUACUUUCACAGAGGAGGAGGACGAAAUUGUUUUUGGAGCGAAGUGGCUUACCGACUGUGUACUGGAGGCCGCGUUUCAUGAACUAUGUAUACGAACCAUCAAAAAACGACAAAAAACUAUCAUCGUCAAGUGUAACAAGGAUUUUACCCAAGAUGAGAAAACACGGAGGACCAUACGGUAUGUUUGGAACAGUUUACGGGAUAACCACACCCGUGAUUCAUGUCGCACACCCCAUUCCUGCUAAAGCCAUUUUGAAUGGAAGGGUAAAUAUGAACUCAAAAGGAGUUGCACGUCGUCCGAGUGUGUCUUUACCGGUAUCCCAAUCGACUCCCACUUCAAAAGCUCCAUCUUACGAUCAUUUUAAAGAUUUCAUGGGGAUGGGCGUUUUUACGACGGAUGGUGAGGAUUGGAAGGCAAAGAGGAGUGCUAUCAUACAUCAUCUCAUCAAAGGGACGGCUUCGUCAACUUCCGAGUUGUCACAGAGGCUUGAGAUUGAAGCGAAUCGGGCUGCAACCACAUUCUGUCGUCAAGUACAGGCUUUACAGCACGAUCAAUCAUCAUCAAUAAAAAGUGAASGCGGCGUUGUCACAACAAACAUUAUUCCUUUAUUGCAACGGUCCACUAUCGGUUUCAUUUAUCGAUAUCUCACAAGCGCCGAUCCAAAAUGGUUGCUUCCUGUCAAUAUGAUGUGCUACAGUGAGCACGACGAUGGUGSCAUGACAACAGCUUCUGAAAAUAGUUCGGUCGCAUCUUCAUUAGACGAAACAGCGAGCAGUGUGACCGGAACUGAUGAUGAUACYUGCUCMCUCUCGUCGUCAUCUUCCAUGCUCAACAACUAUUUAUCAGCCACGAUGAAAAUACGAAUGAUUAUUCUCGCUAAUUCGCGGUCAUUGUGGUAUCUUUUGCCUCGAUGUUGUUAUCGACUUUUUUCAUCGCUCUAUCGCGACGAAAAAAUGACGCUGAGAGUUAUUCACAAAUUCGCUGAAAAAGCCUGUGAAGAUGCGCAACMUCAUUCGCCUUUAGGUCGACUUCGUGGAUCGGAAGGUCCAUAUAGUUCUGAAAAUUCUGAUUGCAAGAGCUCGUCUGAAAAUAACUUAAUGUACGAGGCUACUACAUUAUUAUUUGCAGGUCAAGAUACAGGUGCUGCGACGCUUUCCUGGGCGCUUCAUUUAUUGAGCUUAUAUCCGCAUACACAAGAGAGACUGGCAAAAGAGCUUCAAGAAGUUUUGGACGCAGACGAAAUUUUURCCAAACAYGAAGAUCGUAUCAUUACGAAGAAAAUGCUUUUGAAACUACCAUAUUUGGAUGCUGUUGUAAAGGAGUCGAUGAGACUUUACCCAGUCGCACCAUUUGUUGUACGACAUUUGCAGGAAGAUAUCUGUAUUCCGAAGGAAAGUGAAAACGGAACAGUGACAUUACCCGCUGGUGCAAACGCUUUGAUAUGGAUAUAUGGUUUACAUCGAAACCCUGAGUUUUGGGCUUGUCCGGAUGACUUCGUUCCAGAACGAUGGACAGAUAAUAGCAUCAAAGAUCCCGGGCAAWCCAAUGGUGCAUAUAUGCCAUUCGCAUCAGGGCCUAGAAAUUGUCUCGGGCGGCCACUUGCUCAUAUCAAUCUGCGCACGAUUCUUGCAAAAGUGAUCUAUGAAUUCAAAUUCACWGACGCUAGAUUGCGGACUGCAGAUAAUGCUGAUGAUUUGCGAAUAGCUAUGGAAGCUGGGUUCACUGUUCUACCAACUGGUGGUGUCAACUUGGAAAUUACGAGUAGAAAGUAAGAGAUUGAAAAGGUGACAAAGAAUAUGCACAAAACGUAAUGGCAAAUAUCACACAAGUGAUUUUUUCAACAAUCAUUAUUUUUUUCGAAUGCAGGACGCCAAUAAUUUUCUUCAGCUGAA